AUAAUGAACAAAGAUGAAACCAGGUGAAAAUCUUUGGUAUUACACACUAAAACAAUCCUAACGUGCAUUGUAUAUUACUUUUUGAUGAAUCCAAGAUGACGGAUGGAACCAUAAGGAAAUUGUCAGAAGAUGUUGUGAUUUCCAUAUUUUUCAGGCUUCCUGUGAAAUCUCUAUCGCGAUUAAAAUGUGUUACUAAAAGUUGGCACGCUCUCAUAAAAUCCUUUAAUUUCAUCAAUCUUCAUCUCAACCGAACUACAACCACCAAAGAUGAAUUCAUUCUCUUCAAACGAUCCCUCAAAGAACCUAAAGGAUUUAAAAAUAUCUUGUCUUUUCUUCUCAAUGCUGAUGGUGAAGAUGAUAUGGAUCCCGUUUCUCCUGAUCUAGAUGUGCCAUAUCUGCCCACCAGUUAUGGUAGUAUCUUUCAUCAACUCACUGGUCCUUGCAAUGGUUUGAUUGUUUUAACAGACUCCAUAAACUUUGUCUUAUUGAAUCCAGCAACUAGAAAUUAUAGGCUGCUCCCACCCAGCCCUUUUGUUUGCCCGCGUGGUUUCUAUCGUUCUAUUGGUGGUGUUGGAUUUGGCUAUGACUCUGGUAAAAAAAAAUACAAGGUAAUUAGAAUUGCAGAAGUUUACGGGGAACCCCCCUUCAAUGAUCCUAGUGUGGUGGAGUGGAAAGGUGAGGUUUAUGAUUCGAGCACUGAUUCUUGGAGAGAACUAGCUGAUGUGGAUCAAGAGUUGCCCUGGCCUUAUACGUUCCCUUUCUCUGAGAUGUUAUUCAAGGGAGCCUUUCAUUGGUAUGCCCACAGAAAUAUGGUGGUAAUUCUUUGUUUUGAUAUCAGCACUGAAGUUUUCCGCACAAUGCAAGUUCCUGAAACUUGUGCUUUGUAUGACGAAAAGUGUCAUAGCCUCGCAGUCUUAGAUAAGUCUCUAACAUUUAUUUGUUACCCUGACCAAAGGAGGGAGAGUAGCCCAAUACAAGAAACGAUUGACAUUUGGAUAAUGGGGGAAUACAGUGUAAACGAGUCUUGGAUUAAGAAACGUACAAUUAGAUCUCCUCCUAUUGAAUCCCCAUUGGCAGUUUGGAAGGAUCGUCUAUUGCUUCUUCAAGACAAAAGUGGACUUCUGAUUUCUUAUGAUCUUGAUUCUGAUGCAGUCAAAGAGUUCAAAUUAGAUGGUUAUCCUGGAAGUUUGAGAGUAAUAGUUUACAACGAAAGCUUGAUUCCACUCCCCAUUGGUAGUACACAAGUACAAAUUUUUUAGCGAAGGAGGCAGAAAGUUGCAACUGCUUUGCUUAAGGCCUGUGAUGUGCUUGCAAGAUUUUGGGGUUUUGAAUAUCUAGUACUAAGGGCAUAUGAGGGUGAUUUUGGUGCUCAACAAUUAUAUACAAAUGCGGGGUACAGUGUAGUUUCAAGGCUCCUCUAUGGAAUUCUACGUUGAUUGGUCAAAGAAGACGAGUUCUUAUGGUUAAAUAGGUCUCACUUGAUUCAACUAACAUUCAUUGAAACAAAGACUUUGACAGUUACAUAUCAAAUUGGUCAUUCAAAAUAUCAGAUGAUGCUGAGUUGAAAAUUAGAAUUCUGUAAAUUUGGUAAAUGGUUGUACAAAAACUGUUUCAUUUGAUCUUCAGGAAAGAGUAAGUUUUUUCUGAAUCUUUCAUUAUUCUUGUGAAUAUUUCCUUUUUCUUCAGAGGAUUCAUAUAUUCCUGGUUGACUCCAGUUUUGUUCUGGAUUGAAGUAUAGUUGAUUGAUCAAUUGAUAUGGUUGCUUCUUAGCUAUUUCUUUUCUUGCAAAACUGUUAAAAAUAUCAGAUUUUGGCAUUAAAGAGUUUGUGUAUAUAAACCUUGAUUAAGUAUAAAAAGAGUCUGUACAUUUAAACAAAAGGGACAAUAAAUUUCUAGAGAUAGCUUCAGGAAACACAGAGAUAGCAAAUGUUU